AGACUGACUGGCCUCUGUCACUCCCAAGUCCCAACACGCUGUAGGCAAAGCACAACCCCAGCUCUGAAAGCCAUCAUCACUAACCAUCCCGAGCCAUCAAUGGCCGCCAAAGACCAAAUGCAAGACCCAGAAAAACCAAACAAAGACUUCUCCGAAAAAGUUGCUGAAGAAGAAGAAGUAGAAAGAUGCUCGGUGGAAGAAGUGGCCUUGGUCGUGCCGGAAACGGACGACCCAUCGCUCCCGGUGAUGACAUUCCGGGUGUGGACUCUCGGGUUGGCCUCCUGCAUAGUCCUCAUCUUCCUCAACACCUUCUUCACCUUCCGGACGCAGCCCCUCACCAUCUCGGCCAUCCUCAUGCAGAUCGCGGUGCUGCCCAUCGGUAGGUUCAUGGCCAGGAGUCUGCCCAGGAGAGAGUACAAGCUGUUUGGGUAUGGCUUCAGCUUGAACCCGGGGCCUUUCAACAUGAAGGAGCAUGUGAUCAUCACCAUCUUCGCCAACUGCGGCGUGUCCAUCGGCGGGGGUGAUGCUUACUCCAUUGGAGCCAUCACUGUCAUGAAGGCUUAUUACAAGCAGAACCUGAGCUUUCUCUGUGGCCUCCUCAUUGUCUUGACCACGCAGAUACUGGGAUAUGGCUGGGCUGGAUUGCUCAGGAAGUACCUCGUGGAUCCUGUCGAAAUGUGGUGGCCUGCAAAUCUUGCUCAGGUUUCUCUGUUCAGAGCACUCCAUGAAAGGGAACAUAAAACAAGAGGAUUUACCCGAAUGCAAUUCUUUCUCAUGGCGAUGGGUGCGAGCUUUGUCUAUUACGCACUUCCCGGCUAUCUCUUCCCUAUCCUGACGUUCUUCUCUUGGGUCUGCUGGGCCUGGCCACACAGUAUCACUGCCCAGCAAGUAGGAUCAGGGUACCAUGGACUCGGGGUCGGUGCCUUCACGCUCGAUUGGGCAGGAAUCUCGGCUUAUCACGGAAGCCCGCUCGUUUCCCCGUGGCAUUCAAUUGCCAAUGUCGGGAUCGGCUUCAUCAUGUUCAUAUACAUAAUAGUGCCUCUGUGCUACUGGAAGUACAACACAUUCGAUGCUCGAAAGUUCCCGAUAUUUUCGAAUCAGCUGUUCAAGACUGACGGGCUCAAGUACGAUACCACCAAGAUAUUGACCCCAGAAUAUGAUCUCAACGUUUCUGCUUAUGAAAGUUACGGGAAGCUAUACUUGAGUCCUCUAUUCGCCCUCUCAAUAGCAUCAGGAUUCGCUCGGUUCACAGCUACGCUCACUCAUGUGGCAUUAUUCCAUGGCAGCGAGAUUAUGAAGCAAAGUAGAGCUGCCAUCAAGAAUGCAAAACUGGACAUCCACGCAAAGCUAAUGCAAAGUUACAAACAAGUGCCUCAAUGGUGGUUCCUCAUUCUACUGCUAGGAAGUGCCGCCAUAUCCCUUUUGAUGGCCUUCGUGUGGAAAGACGAAGUUCAGCUGCCAUGGUGGGGGAUGCUAUUCGCCUUCGGCUUGGCCUUUAUCGUUACGCUGCCAAUCGGGGUCAUUCAAGCGACGACCAACCAGCAACCUGGAUACGACAUCAUAGCACAGUUCCUUAUAGGGUAUGUGCUCCCAGGUAAACCGAUUGCGAAUCUGCUUUUCAAGAUUUACGGACGUAUCAGCACCAUUCAUGCUCUCUCAUUCUUAUCCGAUCUCAAACUUGGGCACUACAUGAAGAUUCCGCCCCGCUGCAUGUACACAGCUCAGCUUGUUGGUACUUUAGUUUCUGGAGUAGUCAACCUGGCGGUUGCAUGGUGGAUGCUAGAUAGCAUCGAGAACAUUUGCGACAUCGACGCGCUCCACCCCGAUUCUCCAUGGACAUGCCCUAAGUACCGCGUUACCUUCGAUGCUUCUGUCAUAUGGGGAUUGAUUGGACCAAGAAGGCUGUUCGGACCAGGAGGAUUAUACAGGAACCUGGUUUGGUUGUUCCCCAUUGGAGCUGUCCUGCCUGUGCCAAUAUGGGCAUUGAGCAAAAUGUACCCAGAAAAGAAAUGGAUUGCCUUGAUAAACAUUCCAGUCAUUUCCUAUGGAUUCGCUGGAAUGCCACCAGCCACUCCGACCAAUAUAGCGAGCUGGCUCAUCACUGGAACGAUCUUCAACUAUUUCAUCUUUAGAUACCAGAAACGCUGGUGGCAGAAAUAUAAUUACGUCUUAUCCGCGGCGUUGGAUGCUGGGACCGCUUUCAUGGGUGUUUUGUUGUUCUUUGCCCUGCAGAAUGAGAACAAAACCUUGAAAUGGUGGGGAACCGAUAUCGAUCACUGUCCUCUAGCAUCGUGUCCGACCGCGCCGGGCAUUAGCGUACCAAAUUGCCCAGUCUUCAAUUAGCUGUGUCUGUGUGAGCUUGCUCUUUAGUCAUUUGUCUUGCAAAUUUGGAGCUAAGCUGAAUAUGUAAGAGUGUAAGCAGAGGAACAUAGGUCUGUAUGGUUGCAUGCCUGUUCUAAGUGGAAUACAAGUUAUGGUUUGUUCUCACUAAAGCAACAAUCUCCACAUGUGCCCACGAUUUUGGACUUCCAUGUUGCCUU